UUCAGUUCCGCCCAAAAGGGAAGUGACGCGGGUGUAGAAGAUGGCGUCCGCAAAGCCUGUGGACCGCUGUGGUUUCUUACUACCCGUUUAAUUUCUGAGCCGAGUGGGGGAUCUCCUCGUCUGGCAGAUGGAGGAUAACAUGGCAGUGAACCGCUGCCAACCGCUCUCCUGAACCCGGAAUCGAACCCGCAACUUCAUGUCCGACGGAGCCGGAGCUGCCUGGUCGAAGAGGGGCUGUGGGGAUUCGCACCGCCGAGGUGAGACGGCUGGUUUUAGCCGCUAAGCUAAGCUGUUACCCCGGCAGAGCAGUGUUGGGUCCCCCGUAGCUCCAGCCGCUGAGAAUCGUGACAGUUAAUUUGGCUAGCAGAACCAGGGAAACAUAAACACAGGAAAUGCGAACGACCCCUUAACGCUCAGCCCACAAAGCCUGUGAUUGUUCCCCCGGGCUCCAAAAGUUUGCAGACGUUCACGCUGUAAUGUGGCGGGUGUGUUGGCUUUGUCGUCCAGGUGAUUGGCGCUCAGAAAAGGGACUUUGUUAGCAUCUCCUGGACACAAGGGGCACUGUCCUCUGAUUGGCUCGGACAGCCCCCUCUGACAUGCCCGUGGCCAAUCAGAGGUGUGUUAUGUCAGGGGCAGAUGUGGAGGUGUACCUGUCCCAGGUGCAUGAUGGGAGUGUGUCGUCGGGCUUCAGGGCGCUGUACGAGGAGCGCCUGCUGCUGGACGUCACACUGCUGAUAGAGGAGCACCACUUCCAGGCCCACAAGGCGCUUCUGGCCACGCAGAGCGACUAUUUCCGGGUCAUGUUCACGGCAGACAUGAGGGAGAGGGACCAGGACAAGAUCCACAUGAAGGGGCUGACGGCCGCUGGCUUCGGACACAUUCUCCGCUUCAUGUACUAUGGCUCUCUGGAGCUCAGCAUGCCCACUGUGCAAGAGAUCCUGCAGGCGGCCAUGUACGUGCAGCUGACGGAGGCGGUGGAGUUCUGCUGCUCCUUCCUGCUGGCUAAGAUCUGUCUGGAAAACUGUGCCGAGGUCAUGCGCCUCCUGGAGGACUUCAGCGUGGGUGUGGAGGGCGUCCAGGAGCAGCUUGACAACUUCCUGCUUGAAAACUUCGUCCCCCUCAUGAGCCGACCAGACUUCCUGUCCUACCUCAGCCUCGAGAGACUGCAGUCGUACUUGAACAGCGACGCCCUAAGUCGCUUCCCGGAGAUCGAGCUGUAUGAAGCCGUGCAGUCGUGGCUGCGGCAUGACCGGCGGCGCUGGAGACACACAGACACCAUCGUGCAGUCCAUCCGCUUCUGCCUCAUGACGCCAGCAAACAUCUUCGAGAAGGUAAAGACGUCAGAGUUUUACCGUUACUCCCGGCAGCUGCGGCAGGAAGUGGACCUGGCGCUCAGCUACUUCCACGAUGUCAACCAGCAGCCUUUGGUGGAGACUCGUUCCAACCGCAUCCGCUCGGUGCGGCCGCAGACCGCCGUGUUCAGAGGGAUGAUCGGACACAGCAUGGUCAACAGCAAGAUCCUGCUGCUACAGAGACCAAAGGUGUGGUGGGAGCUGGAGGGCCCUCAGGUGCCGCUGCGACCCGACUGCCUGGCCAUUGUAAACAACUUUGCCUUCCUGCUGGGCGGGGAGGAGCUGGGGCCCGACGGAGAGUUCCAUGCCUCCUCCAAAGUAUACCGCUAUGACCCCCGACAGAACUCCUGGCUGCGCAUGGCCGACAUGUCCGUGCCCAGGUCAGAGUUUGCUGUGGGCGUCAUCGGUAAGUUCAUUUACGCAGUAGCGGGCCGCACGCGAGACGAGACGUUUUACUCCACCGAGCGCUACGACAUCACAGAGGACCGCUGGGAGUUCGUGGACCCGUACCCCGUCAACAAGUACGGCCACGAGGGGACGGUGCUCAGCGGGAAACUCUACAUCACCGGCGGCAUCACAUCCUCCUCCACCUCCAAACAAGUGUGUGUGUUCGACCCAGGGCGGGAGGCAGCUGGAGGAGGAGCAGGAGGAGCAGGAGGAGCAGGAGGAGCAGGAGGAGCAGGAGGAGCAGGAGGAGCAGGAGGAGCAGGGGGAGGAGGAGCAGGGGGAGGCAGCUCGGGGGGAUCGGAUGCUCACAGGACACGCACCAGCCGCGGCCCAGCGCUGCCCGGCACCCAUGCCAGCUGCUGGGAGAACAAAUCCAAAAUGAACUACGCCCGCUGCUUCCACAAGAUGAUCUCCCACAACGGGAAGCUGUACGUGUUCGGAGGCGUGUGCGUGAUCCUGCGCGCAUCCUUCGAGUCUCAGGGCUGCCCGUCCACCGAGGUGUACGACCCCGACACCGACGAGUGGACCAUCCUCGGCUCCAUGCCCAUCGGGCGCAGUGGGCACGGGGUGGCGGUGCUGGACCGGCAGAUCAUGGUGCUCGGAGGCCUCUGUUACAACGGCCACUACAGUGACUCCAUCCUCACAUUCGACCCCGACGAGAACAAGUGGAAGGAGGACGAGUAUCCCAGGAUGCCUUGCAAACUGGACGGUCUGCAGGUGUGCAGCCUGCACUUCCCAGAGUACGUGUUGGAGCACGUGAGACGCUGCAGCUGAGGUCUGCUCCAACACGCCUCCUUUUUAUAGAAACGGGAAUGAAGACUGAGGUCAAGUAUGGGCUUUUUAACUUUCCUUAAGGUGAGGAAAAGAUAAAUCUGCUGUUCUUCUUAAUGAAGCCAAUGGUGGCGUGGUGAGACGCCACUUGGACAUUUUCAUGAUUCGCUUUCUCAGAAAAUGUAAGGAAAAUAAUGUGUGGGGAGUGAAAAAAAAAGUUUGAAUUCUGCUGGUUUAUGUUUCAGACUGUGGUCAGUUUCCUAUUCUACUACUCACAUACUGUAUUUAGGCUGUGCAGUCAGGUGUAAUGCAGAAACGCACUGGAAGCGUCACAUUCAUGCUUUUACAAAGGGACAUUGUAUUUAUUUAUUUCCUCCUGGAAUCCAGUUUGAGUAGGUUUAUUAUCCUGCACCUGUUGAUAUAUUUAAAUUAAUGAAGUUGCUCGUAUUAAAGGUCCCCUAUUAUACUGUUUUUCAUCAAUAUAUUAUAGGUCUCAGAUAUAUACAAAACAUGUCUCUGAAGUGUUUGGCUCCAAACACCAAACAGAUCAUUGCAGCAUCCCAUAAUCCCCUCUGUUUCAGCCCUGUUUCCAAAGUGCUGAUUCUGUCUGUUACUUUAGAUGAAAAUAAGGAGCCACUCCCCAUGACCCUCUGAGAGAUAUUUGGUUAAAAAGAACACAAUGGUGCUCUAGGAGGAGAUUCAGGUGAUAAGGUGUGGGGGGGGGCGGUUACCUUGGUUGGUGAUUGGCUAAUGGUUACACAAGCCAAAAAUCGUUAUGACAUCAUAAAGUGGCCAAAAUCUGAUCAGCUCAUUUUCAGACAGGUUUUUAUAUAAAUGGAUCUGAAACUUUCAGAAUCUCUUUGCUCAGAGGGGACACAUGGUUAUGUAUAAAAGACAGGAAAAUGUGGAUUUUGCAUAAUAGGUUCCAUUUAAGAAAAAGAUGAGUGAAAGCCAAGAAUCCAAAAACAACCUAUAAGAUAUAUAACAGCUAGUAUACAAACAAAAUACUAACACUAUUUACUGUAGUGUAGUUCAUUCUAUAAACUGUCUCCAAAUAUACAAAGCAGAGUGUAAACACAUGUUGUCACAGAUGCUGCUAACAAUUUCAUCUUGAAGUGAUACAUUUUCUUCCAGUGCGUUCCAGCUUUUAGUCCUUAUAUUCUGCUUUUUACUCCCAGAUAUCCACCAUGUUCAUAAAACAACACGAAUCUCUGUGCUCCCUCUCCUUCCUCUAGGUGUGUGAGUGUGUGAGUGUGUAUGAGAGCUGAAUGCAAGAUAAAGAGGAAAACCAUAACACUACAUGGUACACGAGAUCAUCGGUUUGUUUUUUUAGAUAACCUGCAUAGUUAGAUAGAGCAGCUCUUUACCAACUCACCUUUUCAUUCCCUGCACUUUAUUUUUGGCUUUGUUGUGGCUGUUGAGUGUAAAUGCACCAGCUGUACUUUAAACUCAAACUAGUAUUACAACAUGCUGUAAGACAUUUGUCUGACAUUAACAUUCUGACUGAACUACAAAUGUACCAACCAUGAAACACGCAGAUAGUUAAUAUAUUUAGGAAACAUUGGGCCUCAUGCAGAAAGAAUGUCGUCUACUAUUCCUGAACUUCUUGUACUUUUUUCUGUUUCAGAAGGAUGAUAAAUGGCCCUUAAAUGUCAAUUUAAUGCUGCCUUUUUCUCUUCGUUUUUAAGAAGAAUUCAUUUACAAAAACUUACCAAAGAAUCAAAAUAAGACUUAAAAUGGAUUUUCGAGACCUGCUCUCAGAAAAUAGCAAACACAUUUAGCUCUUUGAGUAAAGUGUAAAGAACCUUAAAACAAAUUAGAAAAUAUCAUCGGGAUGAUUUAAUGUCAGGCUUGGUGCUAAGUAACAGUCAUGGAGAUUUUAGAUAUGAUACAAUUAUAUUCUACUAUACGUGAUUUUACACUGUCAAACACCUGCAAUAAAGACCCUGAGGCAGCUAUUGGAGACCAUUCCAACAAAUACUUAAGUUUCUGUGCCAAAAUGUGCCGAUUAAAAAUCACAAAACCUAAAAUAAAUCUCUCAGGAAUUUGGCAACCAUGAUGAUAUGGUGAACAUAAAAUAGAUUUAGCAUAAAGUUCCUGCUUUCGUUCAUUCGCUACCAGAUUAACCUCCAAUUUCAUGAAGUUCAAGGCAUAUAAAGUCAAUUUAGCGUGUUUUCCUGUUCUCAUGACUCGUACUGCAAAUAUGCAACUUUGUUUUUAAUGGGGGUUUUUUAAUAUUAAAAAAUAAAAGUAAAAUAUACUAAUGCUCCAAAUAUCUUAAAUUGCUUGCACUCAUCACAGAAAUAUAAAUAUAUUCCUAUGAACUUUUUUUGCAUGUGGCCCUGCUAAUUGUUAAGUAUUUGGCGUGUUUCUGGUACAAAUACAUUUUGCAUGUACUAAUAUUUGAGCCAGCAGAGCUCAGUGUAACCAGGACUCGCAGCAUUGAAACUUAAAAAAAAAAUGCCAGCACAGGUUUUAGAAGAUUUUUACCAAAGCUGAUUUCAACCCGUCGUUUUUCAGUCAGAUGUGUUGAUUUCAGACAUUGAAAUGCCGCCUUUGCUUCAGUUAUAUCAGAAGUUUCUGUUGUGGUAGGAUCUGUAAAGCUUAAGCAGCCCAGCAAGCCUGUCCAUUCUGACCAUUUCUUUCCCAGAUAUUUAUUUUUCAUUUUCCAUGAGCCAACUGUGAAAAGGGCUAGAGAACACAUACUGAUGCAGUUCAGCCGUUAAUUUAAGUUAUUUAUUUUGUCAACUAUUGCUUUCACUGAGCUAUGCAGUAACAGUUGUAGGGUUAUUUAUUACAAGAAUUUCAUUGUGUUGUUUUCAAAUUGUACUUUUUGUCUUUUCAUUUGUUCUCCUGAGCAGCACUGCAUGUGGCUUAUAAUGGAUGCUUUGAGAACGCUCUAUGUUAAUAUAAUCAUCCUAUAGAGGAGGUAUUUUAACAUUUAGAUGGGUCUUAACAGAUAAACAGGUACACUUUAAAGGAGGGAACUGAAACAUUUAUUACCAUGUCCUGAAACUGUAUGCAGAUUGUCAUUCAAAAGAUGUUUAAUUUACAGGUUUUUCAUAUUGUUUGAACUUGUUUAAAGGUGGCAUGUUUUCUAGGGAUCAUCCUUUUUUAAUUCACGCUUAUUUUUAUGAACAGUUUUUCCUGCUGUCCACACACAAACCUCUCUUCUGAGCUUUACAGUGUUCAUGUGAUGCCACUGCAGCUUGUCCUUUUUUGAGGAACUCUUAAUCGCUUUGUGGCAAUGGUAGAAAUCUUAGACCGUGUACCUUUCCCACGUUAAAGCCUCCUCAGCAGUGAGAUGUUGUGCGUUUCAUUUUGGACUUCAUACUGCAUCUUUGUUUCCAGAGGGGGGAAAUGUUGGAAAAGGGGAAACAAAUUCCAGGGUGGCUAAACAAUCUGUAGUGAAUAAAAUGUCAAAAGAAAAAUAGGGAAAAAUAAUUUCCCAGUGCCCGAUGUGAGAUCUUCAAAUAAAUAUAACGGUCAAAGAUCUAUUAUUAAAAAACGGUUUAUUUCUCAUAUGUUAAAA